GAUAGACGAGUGUGCCUUGAUGAACAAUGGGGGAUGCCAGCAUGAAUGCAGAAACUCACCCGGAAGUUAUUCCUGUACUUGUAUGGAAGGUUACGCAGUGGACCCUUAUGAUCGAUACAGAUGCACAGACGUGGAUGAAUGCUCGUUCGAUAGCUCCAGGUGUGAGCACCUGUGUAUCAACACAGAAGGAGGAUUCUACUGCGAAUGUAACUCUGGAUACACACUCAAUGGCGACGGAAGAACGUGCACAGCUGAUGUUUGCCCGCCGUUGAUAUCUCCAGUUAAUGGUCGAGUCAAUGUAUCGUGUAGUGUCGUUGGUGCAAAUAGUAUACUUGUUGGAUCGACGUGUGCUUACGAGUGUGAUGCUGGAUUUGGAUUGAAAGGGGAGACGGAGCUGUCGUGUCUCUCGGGUGGACAGUGGUCAGGCGUUUCACCCAUGUGUGUCCGAAUACAGUGCUCAACGCUCCCAGUGCCUGAGAAUGGUCAAGUUACCCCGGAGGGUUGCCGUCUGGGCCCCAGUUCGUCGGGAUCUGUUUGCCGCUUUUCGUGUAGUAGCGGAUUCAACUUGCUAGGACGGGGUAAUCUGAGGUGCAAUAAAAAAGGGGUGUGGUCGAACAGGGCCCCCCUCUGCUCAAGAGAUGCUCUAAUACGAUGCCCCGAUGACGUCACGGCUCGCUUACCCCGCGGUGACUCUGAGAUGACCAUUGACCUUCCAGAACCUGACCAUCUUUUGGACAUGAUCAAUGCCACCCAUUCAGUGACUGGUCAGCUGUUUGGGGUUGGUCAAACCACGGUCACUUUUACAGCCUACUCGAUUGACCAUCUAACUCGGGCAUCUUGCACAAUGAUGGUGACUGUCAUAGACAAAGAAAAACCAAGAGUAGUGGAUUGUCCCCGGUCACAUACGAUAAAGACAGAAGAACAAUACAUGACGUCACUAGAAGUGCCUGAACCUAUUUUCAGUGACAACGUUGGUGUCGUGAACAUUACAAGGAUUAUCGAGCCUUCAGGUCGUAUUACAUGGGGGACUUACGAGGUACAAUAUUUUGCAUCGGAUAGCAGUGGGAACACGGCUUCCUGCACCACGUCUGCGACUGUCCAAGCUCUUUCUGAAGAUUGCGGGAUCCUUAACGGUCCUCUAAACGGCAACCACUUCUGCACAGCCUGGCUCAACGGCCAGAUAUGCCAACCGACCUGCUUAUCGGGGUUUUCUUUCUUUGAUGGUCCUCUGACUUCGCCCACAUACAUAUGCGGACGGGAUGGACGUUGGGACCCAGCGAAAAAAGCGCCAGACUGCACAGCAUAUUCGCUUGUUAGAAACUCGUCAGUGCCGUGUGCACCCGGGAAAGAGAUGAAGGAUUACCCAGCACUGGGAGGAGUGGCAUGCAUGGAUUGCCCUCGAGGGAUGUACUCAUCUGACCUAGGACCAGCCACCCAGCCCAUCUGCAAGCCAUGUCCUCAGGGUCUCUAUCAGGACAGGCAAGGCCAAAUCUCCUGCCUUGCAUGCCCCACUGAGACGACGACCACCUCCACAGGAACCAUCAACGUUGGGCAAUGCACAAGUCUUACAGCAGAAGGCACUGGAACCGAACCUCAGCCUUGAUCGUAAAGUACACUGUACAGGAAAUCACCAGUUGCCAACAGGAGUUAUUUUCGUUCAGAUUAGAGAACAAUUCUGAAUUUAUCCGUAAAUUUGGCAUUAUCAUGCAUUCAUGAAGUUAUAACAUUUUCUGUUUCUUGUUCAUCAAAACAUUAAUGAUUGGUAAAAAUUGAUAGAUGCUAGGCUAAACUAUUGGUAUGGGUGUAUUGUAUAAUUGGUUUGACCAGACUUUGGGAUGUGAUUGAAUACCAUACUCGGUGAACCAAAGCAUGAGAAUGUAAAGUAGGCCAAAAAGUUACUUAAAAAAAAGGUUUUGAAAAAAAUACAUUCUUGAUUGAUUUCCUUCCAUAAUGAUAAAGGUAAGUGUCUGUACAUGUGCAUAUCCAAUAUCAGGGCCUCUUCUAACAAGCACUUGCAAUUGACUCAAUGGAGUUCUGCGGCACCUGGAACCUUCGGGUAGUCACCUACAACUCACCCGGAUUAAACUGACUCUUAUCUCCCAAACAUAUGGUGAGCACUCAUUUGCACAUGCCUCUUCCGUCUUAUGGAAUGCACUUCCUAAUUAUAUGAGAAAUAUAAAUGAUUUAGAAAAGUUUAAGACUUCCCUAAAAAAGUAUGUUUAACUUGUAAUGAAUUCAGUGCCCAACACUCUUUACUUACUUUCUAAUUUCUUUCCUUAAUUUCAUCCAAGUGCAUAGGGACAUGCGUUAAUGUGUUAUGCGCAAUUAAAGAACUGAAUAUUAUUAUUAUUAUUUAAGUUCACAAGUGAUUAUUGCAACACUUAUCUCUCAAGUACACCAUUGAGUUCAAUCUCCAUUUGAAUCUGAUAUGAAUUUGAAUAAAUGCUCUUUUUGCCCUGAA